CUUUUAGGGUUUUAGGUGUUUAGGGUGCACCUCAGCAUUGCGCCACCAUGCUCAGCAGGCAGCUGGGCGCAGAACUUCAAUAAGCAAGUGAAGGGGCGCCCAAAGGGCAACUCUGUUGCAGGUUUAUUGCUCCUUUCCAUAGCAUUGUCAGCAGCAUUUGAGGGGCCGGCCCGAGCUGGCCCAAGUUAGCAGCAAGCGGACUGACGUCAGCCCAAGCGCCAAUUGAAUACAUCUUUGUGGAUAGUGCCAUCAACUGAGAACAGUUUCUUCUUAGCUGCAAUCUGCGCGCUUAAGUGGAGAGGUUCGAGAAGAGCUACCGGGCAGCAAAGUGGGCCGCUUGAAAAUGACGACAAUCAGAAAGUUUACAUGUGAUGACCUUUUCAAAUUCAACAAUGUCAACUUGGACAAGCUAACCGAGACCUACAACUUGCAGUUUUACCUCUCUUAUCUUGCGCGGUGGCCAGAGUACUUCUUGGUGGCAGAAGGGCCGGGUGCCCAAAUGAUGGGCUACAUCAUGGGCAAGGUCGAGGGAGAGGGUGACCUGUGGCACGGACACGUGACUGCGGUGACGGUGGCACCCAAUUACCGGCGGCAACAGCUGGCGAAGAAGCUCAUGUUCCUGCUGGAGGAGAUCACAGAGAAGAUGCACAACGGCUACUUUGUUGACCUUUUCGUGCGAGAAUCAAACACGGUGGCAAUCGACAUGUAUAAAAAGCUGGGGUACGUCUGUUAUCGGAGAGUCAUAAAGUACUACUCUGGGGAGGAGGAUGCUUGGGAUAUGCGGAAGGCUAUGCGACGAGAUAAAGAAAAGAGAUCCAUGAUACCUUUGGACAGGGCGAUUCACCCAGAAGAGCUUGAGCACGAUUAGCGUCCGAUUGUCCAGUCGAAGUAUCGCCACCAAUCGUAGAGCAUUCGGAGGUGCCCUCUUUAUCGAUUCAUGAAGUUAUGGACUCGGUAAUGUCCGUUCGGCCGGUGCGCAGUCAGCAUAAAUCCCUUCGAGAUGGACCACGAUGUCGGACUGAGACUACAUUCGAAGUUCCUGUUGAACACAAUCUGAGUUUGAGCUGCUUAUUGACAUAUGGACCUGGACGCAGCAGGCUACGCACAGGAUGGUUAACCUGCAUUGCAGCUCGUCGCCGAUAUUGUGUCUAGAUUUUGACGCGUGCAGCUUGGACUCAUCCUUCAUUUGUAUUGUGUACUGUCACCGUCCGUCGAGUCAAUCUUAUAUAGAUACUAGCUUCCUCGAUUUCCUAAAAACCGCUAUAAUUUCAAACUACAAGACCGUUGUAGCUGGCAACACUACCGCCUGAGUG